GCCUCUUCAGAUAAUCUCUCUAUUUAAAGUUCAAAGUGACACUGGAAAACAAUAACAAAGAGGUAAGCCUGGCCCUGAUCAACCCACCCAACAACAGGAAGAAUGGCAGAGAAAGAAUCUACAUCAUCACAAAUUCUGGUCCCUGUUCUUCUCUUGAUUGGCUGGAUUGUGGGCUGCAUCAUAAUGGUUUAUGUUGUCUUCUCUUAGAAAGGCAAGAAGACUUCAGAUUGACAUCAUUGAGAAGAAUGAAGAAAAGCAUGAACAUGACAGAUUAUUAAAUGUGUGUCAUGUAGAUAACUGCAAUGUGUGACACCACUUUAUCAACUUGGCUUUAUAAACUGGUACUUUGGUGUCCAUAAGAAUCUUUUCAGAAACUUGUUUAAAAUUUUGGGUACAAAUAAAAACCAUAAGAAAAUAUAGAUGAAUUUUUCUGUAACCUGGGAAUAAGAAAAAUGUUCCUAACUAUGACUAAAAAUGCACAAGCAAUAGGAAAAUGGUAGAUUAAAUUACAAUUAAAAUUUUUUUGGCCAUCCCUCACCCAAAUGAGCUAUGGAUAAGAAGGAAUAGUUUACAGAA